AUGAAUCGAAUUUCACUAGUUUUGGACAGAUAUGAAAGAAUGACUGCAAGCAAAUUGGCUGAGUUGAAAAAGUUACAAAAAUGUGUUUUGGAAGGAGGAAAUCGAGAUAAUUUGCAUGUUAGGAAUACGGUAAUUUUAAAUUUUCUAAUUGUUUUUUUGUCCUAAAUUGAAAAAUAUUUAGAUUUCACAAUAUGAAAAUCAGUUGCUUCAAGGAUUGGAACAAGCAAUGAAAAUGAGAGAUGAUGUUGAUCCACAAUUUCAUGAUUUAUUUGAACAAAGAAUUGAACCAAUUCGAAAACAAAUUCAAACAUGUGUAAAUAUGAACAGAAAUUUACCUGAAUUGAAAAUUGGUCGUAAUCCAUUUGAAGAACAAGAAGAUGAAGAUGAGAAUCCAUAUGAAACUGAAUCGAAAAGAUAUAUUCAGGAAAGUGCGAAAAAAGAGAGUGAAAUGAGACAAUUUGCACAGGAUGCGAAAGAAAAAGCGGAAGCAACGAGAAAAAUUGAACAAGAAAUGCAAGAUUUGGAACAAAUAUUUAGUGAAUUAUCAAGAAUUGUACAUGAACAACACGAAGUUGUUGAUUCUAUUGAGGUAAUGAUUUGAUAUCUGAAUUUUUCAAGAGUUCUCAAAUAAAUUUUGAUGUUUAGUAAAAAAAUAAAUUGAAACAUUUUAAAACAUCAAAAUUUUUCGGAAAACGUUGUUUCUGACCAAAUUUUACUUUCGGAUAAUCAUAUCGUAGUCCGAUUUUGUAGGAAUCAUUUUGGAUAUCGUUAUGACGUGUCAAAAAAUAAAAUUGUAUCACUGUAGUUAAUUUUUAAAUAUAUUUUGAUGCAAAAAAUCCACAUACUUAAUUAGUUAGUUAGUCCAUACUGAAACCCAAUUGUUUAUUUUUCUAGGAACAAGUUGAAAGAGCUAAUGAAGAUGUAAAACGAGGAAAUGAACAACUGAAAAAAGCAGUUGCAUCAAAAGCUGCAAAAACGCCAUUGGUGGCUGGUGUUAUUGGUGGAUUAGCAAUUGGUGGACCUGUUGGAUUAACUGCUGGAUCUGCAAUUGCUGGAAUUGCAGCUGGAGUUGGUGGAUUAGUUGCUGGUUUGUAUACUGGACGAUUUUUCAAAAAAGCUGCGACCGAAGAAGCAACUUCAACAACAUAA